GAAAUUUGAAUGUGUUUGUGAACGAGAGAAAAUCACGUAUUUUCGGAACGAGACAAAAUAUCAGAUUAAAAUAUUAAAAGCUGUGAUUUGAAAUUAUUUAAAGCUUUCAUUAUCAUUUUAAAAACCAUUAAGACAAAAUAACAUAUAAAAAGAAAAGAAAAUUUGUUGAUCUUUGAUAUAGAAUUCGAGAUUAAAAGUUAUCAUUGCUGGAAGUUGAAAAUGGAAACAGUGAACCAUGAAGAAGAUUCAGGUGUGGUGGUAGUGAAAGCAAAACCAACACGUAAAGUUUUCAAAGGAACAACAAGAACAAUAAAUAAGAUUCCAAAUUCAAUUUUAAAUGACACUGAAAUCAACGAUGCAAUUUCCAAUCUCCCUCAAAAUUACAACUUUGAGAUACACAAGACAAUACAUCGCAUACGCGAGACAAAAGCGAAACGAGUUGCUCUACAAAUGCCAGAAGGCUUAUUAAUGUUUGCUUGCCCUAUUUCUGACAUUAUUCAAAAGUUUACCGACGCUGAUGUCGUUAUAAUGGGUGAUGUUACCUAUGGCGCUUGUUGCGUUGAUGAUCAUACUGCGAUUGCUCUUGGAGCUGAUAUGCUUAUUCACUAUGGACAUAGCUGUCUCAUUCCUAUAGAUCAAACCAAUGGAAUUAAAGUUCUCUACAUCUUUGUUGAUAUCAAAAUUGAUUCGUUACAUUUUGUGGAAAGUGUCAAGUUGAACUUCCCACCUGGUAGGAAACUGGCACUUGUCAGCACAAUUCAAUUUGUAGCGACAUUACAUCAUGUAGCUAAUGAAUUAAGACAACUUGGAUAUGAAGUUACUGUUCCUCAAACCAAACCAUUAAGUCCUGGAGAAAUCCUUGGAUGUACCGCUCCAAAAUUGCCUGGAGACGCUGCUUUAGUUUAUCUUGGUGAUGGACGUUUUCAUCUUGAAGCUGCGAUGAUUGCUAAUCCACAUGUCGAAGCGUUCAAAUAUGACCCCUAUGAUAAAAAAUUCACGCAAGAGUAUUACGAUCAUGAAGCUAUGAGGCGUAAUCGAAAGCUUGCAAUUGAAAAAGCACGAAAGGCAAAACGAUUUGGUUUAAUUCUUGGGACACUCGGAAGACAAGGAAGUUCAAAAGUUCUUGAACAUUUGGAGAAAAGAUUGAAAGCGAAUGGAAAAAAUGUUUCCAUAAUUCUUCUGUCGGAAAUAUUUCCAUCGAAACUUGAACUUUUCAAAGAUGUUGACGCUUUUGUUCAAGUUGCUUGUCCGCGACUGUCGAUUGAUUGGGGAACAGCUUUUGAGAAACCUUUACUGACACCUUACGAGCUCUCAGUUGCACUUGGUGAUGUCGAAUGGAGAAUUAAUGAUGUUCCAAAUGAAAAAGACAAGAAUCUCAACUAUCCAAUGGACUUCUACAGCACUUACAGUCUCGGAGAGUGGACGCCAAAUUACAAACCCAAACCAGCUGAUGUUUCAUGUGAGAACGCUCUCAAUGGUGGUUGUUGUGGCAAAUGUUUGGACGAAUAUGAAGAGAAGAAAGGAAAAAAUGGAGGAAAUAUAAUGAAAAUUGAUAUUUAAUAAAUUCUUAUAACAUUCUGCUUAAUGCUUUAUGAAAUAUCAGAAACCUUGAAUAACUUUGUGGGCUUCAAUAAAAUUAUUAAAACUUUUUAUAGGUUGAAUAAAAUUGCAAAGAUUUUUGAUUAUUUAGAAUUCU